CCGCGCUCGCGCCGGCCCCGCAGCUCUGCGUGCCGAUCAGCACAGAAACUCAGGAGACAAAGACAAGUUCUUCCACAAUGUCGUACAGACGAGAACUAGAAAAAUACCGUGACCUGGAUGAAGACGAAAUCCUUGGAGCCCUAACAGAGGAAGAGCUCAGGACCCUGGAAAACGAGCUGGAUGAGCUGGACCCUGAUAAUGCACUGCUGCCUGCAGGCCUGAGGCAGAAGGAUCAGACCACCAAGGCGCCCACAGGCCCCUUUAAAAGAGAGGAGCUCUUGGAUCACUUGGAAAAGCAAGCAAAGGAGUUUAAGGACCGAGAAGAUCUGGUCCCCUACACAGGGGAGAAACGAGGAAAGGUCUGGGUCCCCAAGCAGAAGCCAAUGGAUCCUGUACUGGAAAGUGUGACGCUGGAGCCAGAGCUGGAGGAGGCCUUGGCAAAUGCUUCGGACGCAGAACUCUGUGACAUCGCAGCGAUCCUGGGCAUGCACACGCUCAUGAGCAACCAGCAGUACUACCAGGCCCUGGGCAGCAGCUCCAUCGUGAACAAGGAGGGCCUCAACAGUGUGAUUAAACCCACACAAUACAAGCCUGUGCCUGAUGAGGAACCAAAUUCAACAGACGUAGAGGAAACGCUGGAGAGGAUAAAGAACAACGACCCGAAACUUGAAGAGGUUAACCUCAAUAACAUCCGGAACAUCCCCAUACCCACCCUCAAGGCGUACGCAGAAGCCCUGAAGGAGAACACGUACGUGAAGAAGUUCAGCAUUGUGGGGACCCGGAGCAACGACCCCGUGGCCCACGCCCUUGCUGAGAUGCUCAAGGUGAACAAGAUAUUGAAGACACUGAACGUGGAAUCCAACUUCAUUUCUGGGGCUGGCAUCCUGCGCCUGGUGGAAGCCCUCCCAUAUAACACUUCCCUGGUGGAACUGAAAAUCGAUAACCAGAGCCAGCCCCUGGGCAACAAAGUGGAAAUGGAGAUCGUGAGCAUGUUGGAAAAAAACACAACACUUCUCAAAUUCGGCUACCACUUUACCCAGCAGGGACCCCGGCUCCGGGCAUCCAACGCAAUGAUGAACAACAACGACCUUGUGAGGAAAAGGAGGCUCGCCGACCUGACUGGGCCCAUCAUUCCCAAGUGCCGGAGUGGCGUCUAAGUAUGCGGAGGUGAAGACCAUGCCUUUGAACUGGACGUGUUUUACCGACAACCUGUGCUCUGCAGUGGAAACCAGAAGGCAAAACGCCGGCACAAAACCCUUUUGUGGUUCAGUUCUUUAUGCACUAAGGUUUUAGGUUUACUAGUGGUUGUAGUUGAAAAUUUUAUAAAAUAUGGUUAAUGUGAAGUUUUUCUUUAGUCACAGAAGUUCAGUCUGGUUUUAUUUAAAAAUUGAGAAUCCCUCAAACUGGCGGAUCUCACUGAAGAUGAUGUAGUAGCAGUGACUUAACCCCAGGAGCUCAGUUUCCAUGGCCUUGAUGUGUAGUGUUUCAGGUCCAUUUAAAAUGGGUGACACAUAAACAAGCAGCACACUCUUCCACAUGACUUAGAAGUAUUAUAAAAUACUUUAUUACAGAUUUGAUCUUAGCUAUUUAGCAAACAGAAUAAUCAUUUUUUAUUAA